CUCUGCUCUAUUUAGUUCAUAUGAACGAAGCCAUUAAAAUUUUUGUAAGAAUGAGACCUCCUCUCUAAAAUGAAGAUGAAGAAGCAUGGAAGAUAUAAAAAGAAACAAAUACUAUAAUAUCAUUACCAAGAGACCCUUAAACAACAAGAAGAUAUGCAGAUGCAUUCUAUAAUUAUUAAUUCACUUUUGGUAUAAGUCCCUGUCUAAUAUAGACAAGAUCUUUUCAACAGAUGAUAAAAAUGAAGAUAUUUACAAGCAUUGCAAAUAGUUAUUGAAUUAUACUCUAUAAGGAUUCAAUUCCAGUUUAUUUCUUUAUGGAUAAACUACAUCUGGCAAAACUUAUACUAUGCUUGGAGAUUAAGAAAACCCUGGCUUAUUACCAUACACAUUGCUUGAUUUAUUUAAAGAAUGUCAAUUACCAAUUGCUAUUAGUUACAUUGAAAUAUACAAUGAACAAGUUUAUAAACUUAUAUAAUUAAUAGAUUAAUGACCUGUUAUAAUAAGGUGCAACCAAUCUAAAAAUGUAGGACAUUAAUGGUCAGGCUUUGGUUAAUUAGUUAAGAAUUUAAUAGGUAGAAAACUUUGAUGAUGCUUUGUCCUUAUUAUGCGAUGGAGAAGAAUAACGUAUGUACAGAGAAAGAUAGAUUCAUGAACAUUCCUCUAGAUCUCAUACGAUAUUUUAAAUUCUUAUUUAACAUGAAUCACACACUUCAACUUUAAGCUUGAUAGAUUUGGCUGGUAGUGAAAGAUUAAAUGAAGAAGAUGCUUCAGAUGAAACUGCUUAUAUCAAUAAAAGUCUUUUUGUUUUAAGCAAUGUUAUCAAUAAAUUGGCUGAAGGCAAGAAAUCACAUAUUCCUUAUAGAGAUUCAAAACUCACAAGAUAUUUAUAAAAUUCUUUGGGUGGAAAUUCCUAUACAACAAUUAUUUGUACAUUAUCUCCUGCUUCUAUGAAUUUUUAUUAAACUUUAUCAACUUUGAGAUUUGCACAACGAGCAAAAAAAGUUGAAAAUAAAAUUUAUAAAUAAGAAUCUCUAAGUAAAGCUGGAAUUAUAGAAGGUUUAUAAAAAGAAUUAAAUGACUUAAAAAUAGAAAGAGAUUAAUUAAAGAUGCAAUUGUAAUAACAAUAAUCAAAUAAUAAUUUUGAUCAAAUAAUCGAUGUGUUUAUUCAGUAUAUUGGUUUAUAAGUUCAUGAUAAAUAAAAGUUUAUUGAAGAUACAAAUAUACUUAAAGAUGUUUAUAAUCAAUAGCAUAAGUAAUUAAUUCAAUCUUUAUACAAUUAAAUCAUGUAACUUUGUUAAGACUGUAAUUUGCCUAAAGGAUUAAAUAAUCCUCUUAGCAAUCAAACAUAAAAAGUUUUUGUAUAGUAAUUUAAAGAAUUAAUAAAUAAAUAAUUGUAAGAAGAAUCUAUCUUUAAUAAUGUUUAUGUUUAAUCAAUCUUAAAUCCUUAAUCAGAUUUUCAAUCAUACCAAACACAUUAAAUUAUGCCCAUUUUAGAAUCUGCUUAUUAAGAAGCAAUGAAUGCUUUAUAAUAUAAACUCAAUGAAAUAACAUCUGUGGUUUAGAAUAUUGGUGAAUUAUCAUAUUAAAAUUAGAAGAUUUAUGAUGAUAAAACUUUUAAGAAAUAUAUUGAGACAGUUAAUAAUGAAUAUAAUUGGAUGAAACAGUCUAAAUUAAUAUUAAAUGAACAAUUUAACAAAAAAACUUAGGUAUUAUAAUAAGCAUUUAAUAAUGUCUCAAAGAAUCUUAAUGAUUCUCGUCUAAAUUCUUAGUAAAAUUUUAAGUAACCAUAAUAAUAAUAAUAAUAAUAAUAAUAAUAAUAAUAAUAAUAAUAAUAAUAAUAAUAAUAAUAAUAAUAAUAAUAAUAAUAAUAAUAAUAAUAAUAAUUUUAUUAAUAAUAAAAUUAAUAAUAAUAAUAAUAACAAUAAUAAUAAUAAUUAUAGAAUAUAACUAAUAUUAUUACUCCUAAUAUUAGAUAAUCAACAAAUACACCAAAAUUUACUGAGAGAGAUAAAACAGCCUUAUUUGUUUGGGGAUCUGGAAAAGAUGGUCGACUUGGAACUGGUUCAUUAGCUAGUUAACCAAUUCCAUAUAAACUAUAAAUAUAAAAUUUAUAAUACAUUUCAUGUGGGUAUUAUCAUUCAGCAGCUAUUAAUAUUGAAUAAUAAUUAUUUGUUUGGGGAAAGAAUUAUGAUUUGACACCUCAAAAAUAAAUUUAAUUUAAUAAUAUUAUUUAAGUAGCUUGUGGAUGUUAACAUACUUUAAUUUUAGAUUCAUUAGGAUAAGUAUUUUCUUGGGGUGUUGGAGAUGAAGGAUAAUUAGGUAAUGAAUCAUACCUUAAUUCUGAUGAGCCAAUAAAAAUAUUAAAUAAUAUAAUAUAAAUAGAGGCAAGUAGAUCACAUUCUGCAGCAAUAAGUAAAGAGAAUGUCUUUUAUAGUUGGGGAUCUAAUAUUGAUUUUAGACUUGGAUUAGAGGAGAAAAGAAAUUACAAUGUGCCAACAAGUACAGGAAUAAAAGUAAGUAAAAUAUCUUUAGGAACAAAUCAUACUGCAUUUAUUAGAUAGGAUGGAAUAGUAUUUACAACAGGAAAUGGGUAAUAGGGCUAAUUGGGAAAUAAGAUUAAUUCUGAUUGUUACUUAAAUUUAUAAUUGGAUAUUAAAGCUAUUGAUGUAGCAUGUGGAGAAGAUAUUACCUUAUUUAUAAAUAAUAAUGGAGAUGUUUAUAGUUGUGGAAAGAAAAGUAAUGGAAAUUUAGGACAUUUAAUGUCAACUAUUCCUGCUUUCCUUCAAUAACCUAAGUAAAUAGAAGGUUUGUUAAAGAUUAAGUAGAUAAGUGUUGGAAAAAGACAUUGUUUAGCAAUAUCAGCUACUAAAUAAGUUUGGGGAUGGGGUUUUAAUUUUUUUGAUCAAUUAGGUUUAGGAGAUAAAAAUAGAUUCAUUGAAUAGUAAUUUCAUAUUUUAUUAUAAUUAGACCAAUAAAGUUAGAUCUCUAGGAUGUAAUCUAAGUAUCCUGUGGAGAAUACCAUUCUUUGGCAUUAUGUUAAAAUUGA